AUGGGAGCGUGCACUGGCAAAAGCAAAAAGGAUUCAAGUAGCUACUCUAAAUCAGGCAAGUCCUCAAUGAUAACUACGCUCGUAAUACCGACCAACGAAAAGUACAUAUCAGAAUUUGAUCUUUCCGCACCUCCCAAUAACCCAGGACCAAAUAGGAAACUCCUUCUUGAUUUUUACGCAAAUUCACGCCAUCACAUGCCAAACAAAUUAAAAAAUCUAUUUGAAGCUAUUUUUGCUUGUGAAGAGCUAAAAGUUAUAUUAAAAAAAAAAUUGUUUUUCUAAAAAUUUUUUAUUUAUUUUUUUAUUUCCCCUAAAAGUGACUGAAAUGGAUUUAAGUUACAUUCCUUUAGAUGUAAAUCACAUAUAUCAGCUAUUAGCUGUUUUGGAGUAUUUUCGUAAUCUAAAGGAAAUUAAUUUAAGCAACGUUGGUUUGACAUCAAAAGAUUUGUACAGGUUACAUAGCAAACUUGAGAUGCUAACUCAGCUAGAAAAAAUUUCGAUCAGUCACAAUAACUUGGAAUCAGAGGGAGGGAACCAAAUGGAAAGGCUACUACAGCACACAAUCAAUAUAAAGUAUAUUGAUAUGAGCUCAACCAAUCUUGGCGAUAUUGGGGCAAUCAAUUUGUCACGAGGGAUUAUAAAUUUAAAAUAUCUUGAAGUAUUGAUUUUAGACAAUAAUGAUAUUUGUGAACUCGGGAUCAUUGAGAUUUUGAAUACUAUCAAAAAAUCUCAGACCCUCCGCCAUUUAAGCUUGAAUAACAAUUUUUUUACUCCGAAAGCCGGAGCUUUAUUAGUAAACACUAUAGGCUCAUUACCCAAGCUAAAAUUUCUUGGCUUGAAAAAUACAAAUUUGUCUUUUAAAUAUUUUUUUAUGAUCACAGGGAAGUUCAAGGACUUAAUGGUAGAAUUUGUGAGUAAGGACUGUAGAUAUUCUGUAUAA